AAUUAAUGAAGCAAUCCUUUUAAAUCAAAUCUGACAUGUAUUUAUUAUUAUAUACUAUUUAGAUAACUUUGCUUUAAAAUUGUGUUCUUGGGGUCCAGUUCAGUUGGCAAAACCUCGAUCAUUAAGCGAUUCCUCAAAAACGAAUUUGCAAUGAAAUCGAUGAGCACUGUAGGAGUGGCAUGCGUAUUAAAUUUUGAUUACCCAAGGAAUCGAAAGUAAUUACUAUAAACAACCAAUAAGUAAAGGUGCAAUUGUGGGACACUGCAGGACAAGAGCGAUUCAGGUCCUUGACCAAGAAUUACUAUAGAGGUUGUGAUGCAGUGGUGAUUGUCUAUGACAUUUAAAACAUGAAAAGUUUCGAAUAGGUCAAUGGGUGGAUAGCUGAUUUCGAGGAGUAUCUUAUAUCAUGAUGCAAACUAGCAAAUGCGAAAGACCAGCAAUAAAGAUGUUGUUAGGAAAUAAAAUCGAUCUGAGUCGAGAAGUCGGAAUUGAGUUGGGUCAGCUCUUCGCCAGAAAACAGAAACUCUUAUUCCAAGAAGUAUCUGCAAAAGAGAAUAUCAACAUCGAAAAUGCCAUCAUUAAGCUAAUAGAAAUUUUGAUUCAAGCAAGAUAAAUCGAUUCUGGUGACAAAGUAGUUCGAAGGGGCUCUCUCGUCGAAGGCAAAUCCAACAAUGGAGACAUGUCCAACAGUGGGAUCAAAUCAAGCAGACCUGUAUCCUACAAGCCACCAGAAAAAGAUGCCUCCAUAUCCGAUAACUCUAAAUUGCAGGUUAUUAAAUCUGGGGGUGAAAGUUCACAAGAUGAAUCUCCUUAUACUUCUGGUCCUGUGCUACCACAGACAUCUCCACCCACGAUCAUUGUCACUCCACCAGAAGAUACUAAUGCUGUCAGUCAGGAUGAAAACAAUAUGUGGUUAGAUGUGUCUAAGAAAAAUAAAUUGAUGAAAAAGAAAUCUCAUUGCGUGAGCACUCUAGCUGUGCCUUUGAAAUUGGUUCAUCCCAGAGAUUCAGAAGUCAAUAGGGACGAAUAUCUUCUAAGACACAAUGUCAAUCAAGGGUGUUUCUGUUCAUGUUGAUUAUAUUAAAAAUCUCUAUUAAUUAAUUCAGAAAGAAAAAAGAUUUAAAAAAUUAUUUUAAAUAAAAUGCCAAAGGGACAGACAACAACUACACAAAAAGCUUAGAAGGCUGCUAAAAAUGCUAGAGUUGCAAAGAAGGUUAUUAGAGCCAGAACUCAUUUCCAAAAUAGAUUCCACACAGCCAAACCUUUGGCACUUGCAAGGAAACCUAGAUUCACCAGAUUGACCAGAUAAUUGAAACCCAUUACCAAAGGUUUGGAUUUCUAAAAUGUCCUCAAACAUCCUCUCAUUACAGAAAAGGACAUGAAGAAGAUGGAAGAUGAAAAUACCAUGGUCUUCUAUGUCAAUUAAAAAGCAACUAAACCAUAAAUUAAAAGAGCAUUCUCUAAGAUCUACGAAGUCAAAGUGAGAAAAGUCAACGUAAUAUUUACAUGCCUAUAUUCAGAUCUUAAAUACCUUCGGAGGCAAAAAGAAGGCAUACAUCAGAUUGGGAGGUGAAAACGACGCACUCAAUUUGGCCAACAAAAUCGGAAUCAUCUGAGUGACAAAGUCAUUUUAUUGCAUAGUAAAAU